CUCUCUCUUUCUCUCUCUUUCUCGCCUGCCAGGUAACCUGUCCCACCUAUUGGACAAAAUUCCAAAAGUUCCAAGACACUCAAUCAUAAAACUAACUAGGAGGUGACCACGCCUUACUCCAGACUCACCGCAGGAGACGUGCUGGCACAAUAACGAAAUCAUGAAAUAAGGAAAAUAAUAUGUAGCUGUUUUAUGAGCUGACAAUUACCUUCGUGAUAUGAUGAUAUUUACGGUUGUCAGCGCGCGUCCGGUGCGCCAGUGGUUAUCGCCAUGCGUUUUAUUGCGUUCUCCAUGGCUUUUCAACAGGACAGGAGCAGGACAAUGACCCAACACACCUCCAGGCUGUGUAAGAGUUAUUUGACCAAGAAGGAGAGUGACGGAGUGCUGCAUCAGAUGAUCUGGCCACAAUCUCCCGACCUCAACCCAAUUGAGAUGGUUUGGGAUGAGUUGGACCGCAGAGUGAAGGAAAAGCAGCCCACAGGUGUUCAGCGUAUGUGGGAACUCCUUCAAGACUGUUGACAAAGCAUUCCAGGUGAAGCUGGUUGAGAGAAUGCCAAGAGUCUGCAAAGCUGUCAUCAAGGCAAAGGGACAGUGAGGGACUUGUCUGGGCGUCUCGGUGGGCCGUCGGGGUCCGUGGAGCUCUGCACCUUUGGCACGUCUACUGCCUGCUGUUUAGGCUGGAGGAAUGUUAUGGGAGUCUGCCAGCGUAAGUCAGCGGCCACUGGCUGUGUGCAACAAGCCUUGCAGGAAUGGAGUCUGUGUGGGUCCAGAUAAGUGCUCCUGCUCUGUGGGAUACAAGGGCCAGCAAUGUGACCAAGAUGUGAAUGAGUGUGGACUCCCAGAGCGACCGUGCUCCAACAGCUGUAUGAACACCCAGGGUAGUUACCGGUGUUACUGCGACCCUGGAUAUAACCUCAUGACAGAUGGAUCAACCUGCACCAAAGAGCCUGAGUGCUCCUCCUCACGCUGCCAUUUCGCUUGCCAGAUCGACCGGGGGGGAGAGGUGCGCUGUCUGUGUGCCCCCGGCCUCCACCUGGCCGCCAACAACAGGACCUGUGAAGGUGGGCUUCCUCGGCAACACCAUGAUGUGGACGAGUGUCGCUGGGCGUCAGAUGUUUGCGAUCCCCGGCGCACUUGCAAGAACACCUUUGGCAGCUUUGUGUGUGCGUGCAGGGAGGGCUUCGUGUUGGGGACGCUCCAGGACUCAGUGCAGUGUCGAGAUAAGGACGAGUGUCUGGACAGUACUCACCUGUGUAGCCGUCAUUCCCAGUGUUUCAACACCUCUGGUUCCUACACCUGUCAGUGUCUGGAGGACUACUCUGGCGACGGCCACACGUGCUGGCCGAGGAGAGCCUCCCAGUCCAAGACCUCCAUGUACCUCCAGUACAAACUCUCCAAAAGGACCAGGCCCAUACAACAACCACGACGUCCGCAGCUCUGACGGUGCCUCUGGUUCUGACUGAUAACACUGUUGUGAAGUAGUUACUGGCGGGCAUUUUGGGUCGAGCUGUGUUGAAGUAGCACAUGAGAACUACGGGAGGAAAAUAGAUUUGUGUUGAAGCAGCUUCAUAGGACAAAUCACGAGGUCGAUGUGGGGUAAAUUGAGGUGGAGUUCCACUAUCACAACAUAGUUAAAGCCGAGUAAUGCUAAGAAUUCCUCACACAACUGGAAAGUGUGGUAACGGUCUGUUUUAGCCUAUCAUUUGCCAGGCCUCUCUUCAGUUAGUCAACAAAGAUCCGAGAUUGCUACACAGUGCCAUUAGUGGUCUGCUGUUUGUUGUCAGUCAAAGAAGCCACUCAUUUGACAAACACAUUCGUCAAGGAACCACACUCUGUAGUCUGCCUGCCAUGCUUCAGACUCAAAACGCUCUGUGAUGACAUGGACUUUUCUUUGGUUUAAGUUUCCCAGUUUAUUGUCUCCGAAAAGGUCACGGUUAAGAACAAGUUUCACACGCACUGCCAUACUGCUCGUUUGGCAUUUGUAACCAAUUUCACAAUACACAUAGGGGUUCUCGAUAGGGACUUCAUGUAGUGAGUAGUUUUCUGACAGGCCAGUGGGUGUACACGAGGGGACUAUUAGUCCGUAGGGACUAGUCUUUUAGAGGAGUGUAUACGUCAUUAUUUGUUAAUAAAAGGCUGACCUCUUGUGGAAAGAUAAGGGAGGAUAUUUGUCUUCUUCGAGAGAUAGCAGCGUCACCCUGACUUCUCCAUAGAUGGGAUCAUAGAUAGCAGUAUCACCCUGACUUCUCCAUAGAUAGUAGUAUCACCCUGACUUCUCCAUAGAUGGAUCAUAGAUAGCAGUAUCACCCUGACUUCUCCAUAGAUGGAUCAUAGAUAGUCGUAUCACCCUGACUUCUCCAUAGAUGGAUCAUAGAUAGUAGUAUCACCCUGACUUCUCCAUAGAUAGUAGUAUCACCCUGACUUCUCCAUAGAUAGUAGUAUCACCCUGAUUUCUCCAUAGACAGCAGUAUCACCCUGACUUCUCCAUAGAUAGUAGUAUCACCCUGACUUCUCCAUAGACAGCAGUAUCACCCUGACUUCUCCAUAGACAGCAGCAUCUCCCUGACUUCUCCAUAGAUGGGAUCACAGCAUCUGCCUGACUUCUCCAUAGAUGGGAUCACAGCAUCUCCCUGACUUCUCCAUAGAUGGGAUCACAGCAUCUGCCUGACUUCUCCAUAGAUGGGAUCACAGCAUCUCCCUGACUUCUCCAUAGAUGGGAUCACAGCAUCUCCCUGACUUCUCCAUAGACGGGAUCAUAGACAGCAGCAUCUCCCUGACUUCUCCAUAGAUGGGAUCACAGCAUCUCCCUGACUUCUCCAUAGAUGGGAUCACAGCAUCUGCCUGACUUCUCCAUAGAUGGGAUCACAGCAUCUCCCUGACUUCUCCAUAGACGGGAUCAUAGACAGCAGCAUCUCCCUGACUUCUCCAUAGAUGGGAUCACAGCAUCUCCCUGACUUCUCCAUAGACGGGAUCAUAGACAGCAGCAUCUCCCUGACUUCUCCAUAGAUGGGAUCACAGCAUCUCCCUGACUUCUCCAUAGACGGGAUCAUAGACAGCAGCAUCUCCCUGACUUUGAGAGAUCGUCUGUUUGAUGAUGUAAAACGUCUGGAAUAACGGUAUAAUUGUUGAAUGGGGACCAACCAAUCCAGUUUGUUGUUAUUAUUAUUGUUGUGUGGGCUCUGUAAUGUAUUGUGGCUUCACUUGCCCUUUACAUGGGAAUGAAAGUCAGUCGGGAUUGUAGACGUUUCAUGAUUUUGGAUUCCACAGAGAAAAUUGCCUUUAAAUCCAUAUUGGGCCACAAUAAUGCUUCUGACUUACAGUACGAACAUGGUCAUGCCCAUUUUAUGACCUGUCAUGGCAGGAAAUCAGGGUAAAACAAGCUGCCACACUCUACAUCAGAGGUGUAAAGUACUUCAGAAAACAUACUUUAAAGUACUACUUAACUAGUUAUUUGUGGUAUCUGUGCUUUACUUUAAUAUUUAUAUUUUUGACAACUUUUACUUCACUACAUUCCUAACGAGGAUGAUGUACUUUUUACUCUAUACAUUUUCUCUGACACCCAAAAGUACUUGUUACAUUUUGAAUGCUUAGCAGGACAGAAAAUGGUCCAAUUCGCACACUUAUCAAGAGAACAUCACUGGUCAUCCCUACUGCCUCUGAUCUGGCGGACUCACUAAACAUGAAUGCUUUGUUUAUAGAUGGUGUCUGAGUGUGACCAUGGCUAUACGUAAAUAAAAAAACAAGAAGAUUG